UGACGGUAUAUAUGCCAGUGAUUGGUGCGAUGUAGCUUCAGUGUGCACCUACGAACGAUACCAUGAGCACUCCGCAGAAACUAAUGAUACUCGCCCUGGUGGCGACGGCGUCCCUCGCCAGCGAUGCGAAGGAUUCGACCGCCAAGGAUUCGACUACGAAGGUGGAGACCAAGGUGGAGACCAAGGAAAAGAGCAAACGGGGGUUGGAGUUGAGCUUCGGUAGUGGAGAUUUCGGUGGUCACGGAUUGAGCUUUGGAGGAGGAGGCGGAUAUGGUGGCGGAUACGGGGGUGGCUUGAGCCUCGGUGGAGGCUUUGGCGGUGGCGGCUUCGGUGGCGGCGGCGGUGGCGGAGGUGGCGACGGAGGUCGCAUAACUGGCAUCACGAUCCAUCGAGAGAACCAAGUUCGCGUGCCAGCACCAUACCCUGUCGAGAGGACGGUGCCUGUACCAGUCUCGGUUCCUGUUCACGUUCCCGUCGAGCGGCCAGUUCCUGUGCCCGUACCGAAACCUUACCCAGUUCCAGUGGAGAAACAGAUCCCCGUACCAGUGGAGAAAUCGAUCCCCGUGCCGUACAAUGUGCACGUCAAAGUGCCCGUGAAGGUCCCUUACCCGGUCAGUGUGCCGGUGAAGGUACCGGUAGCGAUCGAAAAGGAGGUUCCCUACCCAGUCAAGGUCCCUGUAUACGUUAAGGAAUCCUAUCCAGUACUGGUCAGCAGCGGUCAUGGUGGCGGAUUCGGCGGCGGUGGAUACGGAGGCGGAUACGGAGGUGGAUACGGAGGUGGAUACGGAGGCGGACACGAGCUGUCGUACGGUCUGCAUUGAUUAGGACGAAUUUGGUCGACGCGGAUACUUCGUCCACACUCAUGUAUUUGUAUAUAAUGAUUAUAUUUUUUUAUGGAAAAUAAAUAUUAAAUUAUUAAACGGUGUUUUCUAUGUAUCGUUUGUUGGUAAUUGUUGACUGGAGUGAUCCUUGACCUAAUCGAAAAAGCUGGCGCGUUAUUGUUUAUACGUACUUAAGUGUAUAAAUAUUGAAUCGAAUAGGCGAAAAUAAAGCCAGAAUAAUAGAAAAUACGUCAACUACCACAUAAACAUUGCGAUCGAUGUAAUAUAGUGUUCGACAAGAUUUUGUAUA